AUGCCUAAGCAAGGACAGAGCCCCAAACAUGUUAAACCAUCAAUCAACUUGUGCCCAGGCCCAAAGAUACAUGCCUUCAAACACCAAAGUUCACCAAUUGAAUGGCUGGAGAGAAUUGACACUGGUCGUGAAGACCACUCGGGGGCCGAAGGUGUGGUGUUCAAAGUAAAGAUCAAAUCACAACUAUACGCCUUGAAAGUGUUCGACUUUUUUGACCCUUCGAAAGAUCGCUACUUUUGGGGUCCGUUGCUCAGCGAAUCCUUCCCUUUAGAAAAGAUUGUCUACUAUACGGAUCCAUUUUACGCAGAAUGCCGCGCUUAUGGGCGGAUACACGAGGCCCAGCGUAAAAGAAAAAUCGGCUCAACGAUUGUCGUACCAUGCCAUGGAUAUUUAUUCCUGGGUGACCGAGAUAGGCGACAGCUUAAGAAAAAGGGCAUUAUCUUUAAUAGCAAAAUAAUCGACAAAGAUUUGCGCAAGGCAAUUGGACAAGAUACCCCCCUGCGCGCCAUCGUCAAAGAGCUAGCACCUGAAGAAUCAGGCAUUGGCAAAGCAGGCCUGACAAAGGUGCUAAUGGAUAUACGAAGUUUGAAUAGUAUCAAGAUCUAUAAUCGAGACAUAAGGGCCGAGAACUUCAGGGGACGGCGGCUGGUUGACUUUGGCAGAGCCUGGACCGAGCCACAUUGCAUAUUAAAUGCGCUGGAUGACGCUGAGGCUAGGGAUACUAAACUGGAGGACUUGGUCAUGUUUGAUGAAAUGAUUGAAGACGAGGGAGUUGGGACAAAGCUGAGGGCUAUGCCAAAUAUGUUGUACUGCGAAAAGUUACGGUCAUUCGCGAGUUAG